ACUUUAUGAUAUGCAUCACACGUGUGGUGUCUUUUUUCUCUCUCUCUCUCUCUUUUUUUUUCUGCUUUUUUAUCAUGGAAAAUAAACCUUUUGUGUUGCUUGUUGGGCAAGUCUAUUUAGACACCAUUUUACAUGUUAACAAAUUUCCUGAAGAAGACACAAAAAUAAGAGCAACAUAUGCUGAACAAAGAGUAGGAGGGAAUACCUGCAAUACAGCUCAAGUGUUAGCUCAAUUUCAUCAUCAACUUGAUGUGUGUUACAUGUCUGCAGUUGGAUCCCAUGAGACAUCAAGUUACAUCAUGGAUUCGUUAAAACAUAUCAAGGACACCAUGUUAUAUCGAGAAGAACAACUUACGCCUUCUUCUGUAAUUAUUCAUAAUCAAAGUACAAGCUCAAGAACUAUUAUAUCCAACAACAAUUUAAAAGAAAUAGACUUGAAUGAAUUUAUUCAAACGUUUGAUACAUUUCCAAGAAAAGAAAAUGUAUGGGUUCAUUUUGAAGGUCGCAAUAUACAUGAAACAAUACGUCAGAUUGAAUGGUUGAAUGAAAAAGCUGCCCGAGAAUAUUGGAGAUCUAAACUGACUAUUUCUGUUGAACUAGAGAAGCCUGAAAGACCAGAUAUUCAUUUGCUUGCACAAAAAGGUGAUGUUGUGUUCUUCUCAAAGAUUUAUGCUCAACAUCAUGGGUAUCAAGACCCUUCUCAGUUCUUGAUUGCUCAAGAAUUGAAACCAAGUGCAUUUGCAUUUUGCACUUGGGGUGCUGAAGGUGCUGUUGUGUUUGACAACAAAACAAAACAAACAUAUCGCGCAACACCUCCAGCUAUUGAGAAAGUAGUAGAUACUGUAGGAGCAGGUGAUACUUUCAUAGCUGGUAUCAUUUAUCACUUGACUUGCUUUGGUACUUUAGAACAUGCACUUAACUUUGGUUGUCAAUUAGCAACACGAAAGGUCGCUCAACAAGGUUUUGAUUGCUUGAGCAUCAGAGAAGAAAAAACCAUUCGUUAACAUAUGCGUUAAGAAAUACCUUUUAACCAAAAGUACUUUGAGCAAUAAAGUUUGAAUGCAGAUUUGAAGGCGAUGCUCAUAUUAAAUCGACGUUUUCGUCUUAGUAAACUCACUUUCUUUUCUUCUGAAGUACAUAGAAAUGGUCUUACCUGAUUUUGGUUGGAUUAGGCCUACAUUGGUCACUCCAAAAAUUCCUGAUCGAGUUUUGUUUUUUUUUUCAUUUUCACGGACCUCCGUGAUCCUCCAUGAUAAAAAAAAAAAUGAAUUUCACAAAACAGCCAAACCAAUGGUACCAUUU